AUGGAGUCCAAACUCUAUGAAGAAGUCUGGGUGACCUCAUGCUACACGUCACUGACAAUGCUGGAGUUUAUUCUCCAGCAUGUCACGGCUUGCAAGCUCGAAGUUGAACUCGGUGACUUUGUCCCGGGAGAAAUAUCUAUCGAUAAGGCGAGGGUAAGGGAGAUCCUACGAAAUACCGGAGUAGCAGAACUAGCUCCUCUUUGGAAAAAUGGCACGGGACUCUGUACAUCAUUCGCAAUACAAGUCGCUUCACGUAUAGACUGUAGCGAUUACCCAUCCUCGUUUAUAUUCGGGGAACUGGAUGGCUACCGGGCAUGUUUUAAUGCUGGUGGGUUCAUCAUUGACUCAUCUGCAAGGAAGGCUUUAUUAAUACAAGAUGGAAAGCCAAUCUCUGCCUAUAAGGGAAUGUGGAAUUUAGCAAAAGUAGACCAUGACUUAGUUCUAUCAUUUCAGAUAGACUUUAAGAGCUUUAACCGUCUCGAUGGUUACACCCAAGCAAUCAACCACUGUAUUCUUCAGCUCUGUAAUCAGAAAUCCUUUAUAUGCAUGUUUCGGUUCUAG